GUCGAAUAGUUCUGACUCCAUCUUGUGUCGUCGGAUCAGAAGGAAGGAUAUAAAAGCUGACCAGGGGGCAGCUCAGAGACCAACUGGCUGGUACUGGUUUCUCUCUCUGACUGAGUCAAGUCCAGAAGAUGGAGGUUUGUGUGAAGAAAGAGCACGAAGCAGAGUCUCCAGGACCCAGCUGUCUGUCUAUGAGGAGUGACCAGUCUAAAGACCAACCUGUUGCUUUCUGUAAAGAACCUGGAGCUUCAGACAAAACGUACACGAAAUGGAGUAAAGACAAACUAACCAAUGGCAGCCUGGAAAUAAAACGUAAUGUUGUGUCUGCAUUUUUACAGAUGAUAUACGUGAUCAAGUGCGAGCAGCCUUAUAUUCUUGUAUUACAUUUGGGUUUCAGAGGACACCACCACAGACAAACGUCAGAACCUUCAGUAUCCAGCUGUGUGUCUUUGAAGAGUGUCUGGUCUAAAGAAGCACCUCUGGUAUUUAACCAUGGACCUGGAUAAUCUGAAACUAAAGGGAGAAAGAGGAGCUGUGUCUAUGUGGAUGACCAGGUGUCCUCCUGUGCUUUGUGUCAGGAUGCCCUGAAGGAUCCAGUCUCUUCCAGCUGUGGUCACUGGUUCUGCAGACAGUGCAUCAGCUCAUACUGGGAAGGGUUUGCUUCAUCACGACACCUUUCCUGCCCCCAGUGUGGAAAAACAUCCAGAAGCAGAGCUGGACAGCAGACAACCAAUCAGGGCAGCUGUGUAUAUGAUGUUGGUCUGCAGGAGGUUCUAGAGGAACAUAAGAUCAGUCUGAGGAGGAGAUGUGAAUGUGUGACUGAAGGAAUUGAUGAAACAGGAAGUAGAACCCUCCUCAACAGGAUCUACACUGAUCUCUACAUCACAGAGGGACAGAGUGAAGAGGUUAAUAUCCAACAUGAGGUGAAGCAGCUGGAGACAGCUUCCAAGUACCAGAACCUCCAUGACUCUCCAAUCAGGUGCCACGACAUCUUUAAACCCUUACCUGACCAGCAUGGACCCAUCAGAGUGGUUCUGACCAUCGGCGUCGCUGGUGUUGGAAAAACCUUCUCAGUGCAGAAGUUCACUCUGGACUGGGCAGAGGGCUUGGAGAACCAAGAUGUCAGUGUGGUGGUUCUGCUUUCAUUCAGGGAGCUGAACUUGAUCAGAGAGGAGCAGCACAGUCUUCUCACGCUGCUCCAUGUUUUCCAUCCAACACUCCAGAAGCUCCCAGCAGAGAAGCUGUCUGUCUAUAAACUUCUCUUCAUCUUUGAUGGUCUGGAUGAAACCAGACUUUCUCUGGACUUCAACAACAGUCUGCUUGUUUCUGAUGUCACCCAGAAGUCAUCAGUCAACGUUCUGCUGACAAACCUCAUCAAGGGGAACCUGCUGCCCUCGGCUCUCGUCUGGAUAACUUCCAGACCUGCAGCGGCCAAUCAGAUCCCUCCUUCAUGUGUUGCCAGGCUAACAGAAGUACGAGGCUUCACUGACGCCCAGAAGGAGGAGUACUUCAGGAGGAGGUUCAGUGAUGAAGAGCUGUCCAGCAGAAUCAUCUCCCACAUCAAGACCUCCAGGAGCCUCCACAUCAUGUGUGGAAUCCCAGUCUUCUGCUGGAUCACUGCUACAGUUCUGGAGAACAUGUUGACCACAGAGCAGAAAGGAGAACUGCCCAAGACCAUGACUGACAUGUACUCACACUUCCUGCUGGUUCGGACAAAGAGGAAGAAGAACAAGUACCAUGAAGGACAUGAGAGGAGUCCACAGGAGCUGAUGAAAGCUGACAGGAAAGUUCUUCUGAAGCUGGGGAGGCUGGCAUUUGAACAUCUGGAGAAAGGAAACAUCAUGUUCUACCAAGAAGACCUGGAGCAGUGUGGUCUAGAUGUCACAGAGGCCUCGGUGUACUCAGGAGUUUGUACAGAGAUCUUCAAAAGAGAGAAUUUGAUCUUCCAGAAACCAGUCUACUGCUUUGUUCAUCUGAGCAUCCAGGAAUUUCUGGCUGCAGUCAACAUGUUCCACUGUUUCACCAACAGGAACAUAGAGGUGAUGGAGAACUUCCUGGGAGAAGAUUACAUUUACUCAUCUUUAGAUGACCUCAUAAAAUUAGUGAUGGAGAAAUCCCUCACCAGUAUAAAUGGCCAUCUGGACCUGUUUGUCCGCUUCCUUCAUGGCCUCUCUGUGGAGUCCAACCAGAGACUCUUAGGAGGCCUGCUGGGUCAGAUGGAGAACAGUCCAGAAACCAUCCAGAGAAUUAUCAACAAUCUGAAAUACAUGAAUAAUGAUAGAGUUUCUCCAGAUAGAAGCAUCAACAUUUUCCACUGUCUGAUGGAAAUGAAGGAUCUUUCAGUUUAUCAGGAGGUCCAAGUGUUCCUGAAGUCAGAGAGCAAAUCAGAGAAGAAACUGUCAGAGAUUCACUGCUCGGCUUUAGCCUACAUGCUGCAGAUCUCAGAUGAGGUUCAGGAUACAUUUGAUCUAUGCCAGUACAAGACAACAGCAGGUGGUUACCUGAGACUAAUACCAGCUGUGAGAAACUGUAAACGGCUUUGUAAAUUUGCUGACUGUCGACUCUCAGAGACUCACUGUGAAGUUGUGGCUGCAACUCUGAAAUCCAACCCCUCCCUUCUGGUUCAGCUGGAUCUGAGUAAGAAUUAUGACCUGAAGGAUUCUGGAGUGAAGCAUCUCUGUGCUGGACUCGCAAGUCCUAACUGUAGACUAGAGAGUCUGAGACUUGAGUGCUGCAGUUUAUCAGGGAUCAGUUGUUCUUAUCUGGGCUCAGCUCUGAACUCUAAAUCCUCCUGCCUGAAAGAGUUAGAUCUAAGUGACAACUGCCAACUGCAGGACUCUGGAUUGAAGAACCUGUGUGGGUUUCUUCAGAGUCCAAUUUGCAAACUGGAAACUCUGAGACUGAAGGACUGCAGUUUGUCACAGGCUGGUUGUGUUUUUCUGGUUGCAACUCUGAAGUCCAACCCCUCCCAUCUAAGAGAACUCGACCUGAGUUAUAACAACCUGCAGGAUUCUGGAGUGAAGGAGCUUUGUGGAGUUCUUGAAAAUCAAAACAGCAGGAUAGAAAUGUUGAGGUUGUGCUGGUGCAGUUUGUCGGAUAUCAGCUGUGCUUCUCUGGUCUCAGCUCUGAAGUUCAACCCCUCCCAUCUGACAGAACUGGACCUGAGGGAGAACAACCUGAAGGAUCCAGAUGUUAAGCAACUACUGAACCUUGUGGAGAGUCCAAACUACAAACUGGAGACUCUGAGAUGGAAGUGAUGACACUCAACAGGACAGUGGUUGUCUUAAGAGUGAAUGACAUCUGUUCUGAUGAUCUAGAGAUGAAACCUGCAAAUGACCACAGAAUAAACCACAAUCAUGAUGAAGUGUAGCACUAUUUCAGCUAAGUUUUUUUAUUGUCAAAUGUAUGGUUAAACCUUUUUUACAUCGAUGCUUGUGUAUGGUCAUGUAUUUCUUUUUUAAAUAAAUAAAACAUAAAAAUUGUAAUCAAGGAAAAUUAUGCACAUGUUAAGGAGUUGGCAAAUUAAUUCAAAUAAAAGAUUUUUUGCAUCA